UAAAACGGGAUGCAUAAAUACAUAUUCUUGGCAGGUGGCGGUUGGAAAACAGAGAUUUCCUCAUCCUAGUAAAACUGACGUUACUUUUCCUAAAACAAGAGUACAAUCCGACACAGAGAGAAACCGUUUAUAAAAACUGAAUCAGGGAAUUUGGAGGAGUUAUCAACCCCUUCUCCCUCCUCUCUUUCUUCUCUACAAUCACAGAGCCUAAAUUAUGCAGGAGAUCAUCCGUUACACCAUCAAGCUUCUUCUUCUCUAUAUCGCCGUUUCUUUCUUUUUCCUCCAUUCUUCUUGCCUUACGAUUGGAGAAACUUGUAGCAGCAGUAAUUGUGAUGAAGGCCUAGUCUGCUCCACUUGUCCCGCUAAUGGCAACACCCGCUCCAGAUGUACUCGCAUUCAACCCACUAUUCCCACCACCAAGGUAAAAGGUUUGCCAUUUAACAAGUAUUCAUGGCUGACGGCCCACAACUCGUUUGCAUUGUCCGGGUCAAAAUCUGCAACCGGGUCUAGUAUUCUUGCUCCCACCAACCAGGAGGAUUUCAUUACUAGUCAGCUCAAGAAUGGUGUUCGAGGACUUAUGCUUGAUAUGUAUGACUUCAAUGAUGAUAUCUGGCUUUGUCACUCAUUUGGUGGAAAGUGUUACAAUGUUACAGCAUUUCAACCUGCAAUUAAUUCGCUGAAAGAAAUUCAAGUGUUUCUCGAACAAAACCCAUCAGAGGUUGUCACCAUCUUCAUUGAAGACUAUGUCUCAUCUCCAAAGGGCUUGAGCAAGGUUUUUAAUGCCUCUGGUCUUAAUAAGUACUGGUUUCCAGUGUCUCGUAUGCCCAAAAAAGGAGAAGAUUGGCCGACAGUGGAUGACAUGGUCAAGCAGAAUCAACGUCUUGUAGUAUUCACCUCUAAAUCAUCCAAGGAGGCUUCUGAGGGCAUUGCUUACGAGUGGAGAUACGUUGUUGAAAACCAAUAUGGUAAUGGUGGGAUGAAAGUCGGUUCUUGUCCAAGUCGAUCUGAAUCAUCUCCUAUGAGUACAUCGUCAAUCUCUUUGGUUCUGCAGAAUUAUUUUCCUGACAAUCCCAACAUAACAGCAGCUUGUGUGGAUAAUUCUGCUCCAUUAGUUAAUAUGACGAAAACUUGCUUUGAAGCAGCUGGCAAAAGGUGGCCAAAUUUUAUUGCUGUUGAUUUUUAUCAGAAAAGUGAUGGUGGUGGAGCUCCAGAAGCUGUAGAUGAAGCAAACGGCCAAUUAGCUUGUAAUUGUAGCAGUAUUGCCUAUUGCAAGGCAAGUGGUACAUCGCACAAAUGCGAGGCACCAAUGUUAUCACCCCCACCACCAGCGCAAGCAACAACUACAGGAACAUCACAAGAUGGCAACAACGAGAACAACAAUAAUUCUCAAUCAAGCAGAAGUAAACCACUUCAUUGGUUCAUUGGCACAAUUUUUGCGGCAAUUCUUCUUCUGCACGCAUAGUUGGCGCAUUCUCUGAAAGUCUAUACUCAAUUUUUCAGAAGAGACACACUACCUGACGAUCGUCUUAUCUUUUAUUUUUUAAAUUUAUCUUGUAUUUACUGGUUGAGUUUCUUCACUUAUCGGAUAUUAAAGUGUUUAUAUGAGUGUGUAAUCAAAAUGAGUACCGACACAUGAUGGAUGGGGCAAUGAGCUGCAGCGGGAAAUUGAACUGUUUUUUUUUAAAUUAUGCAUGGAAGCUGGUGUUAGACUUUU